AUGCCAGCGAUCUGGCGGCCGAACGUGAGUGGGCCGCUCCCAGAUGUGGACGUCGAGGUGGGGGUGAAGAAGGUGGACGCGUCGAGCAAGGGCGCGAAGCGGAAGAGGGGCCCUCCCACGAAGGGGCCAUGCGAGCACGGGGUGAAGUACCGGUCGAACUGCAAGGUGUGCAGCGCUUGUCCGCACGGUCGUCAGCGCUGUUACUGCAAGGAGUGCGGUGGGUCUCAAAUCUGCGAGCACGGUCGUAUACGCUCUACAUGCAAGGAGUGCGGCGGGUCUCAAAUCUGCGAGCACGGCCGUGAGCGCCGUAAGUGCAAGGAGUGCGGUGGGGGCUCAAUCUGCGAGCACGGUCGUGAGCGCCACAGGUGCAAGGAGUGCGGUGGUGGUGGAAUCUGCGAGCACGGUCGUCAGCGCUCUCAGUGCAAGGAGUGCGGCGGGUCUCAAAUCUGCGAGCACGGUCGUCGGCGCCACAGGUGCAAGGACUGCGGUGGUGCGUCAAUCUGCCAGCACGGUCGUGUACGCACUCUGUGCAAGGAGUGCGGUGGGUCUCAAAUCUGCGAGCACGGUCGUCUACGCUCUCGGUGCAAGGAGUGCGGUGGGUCUGGAAUCUGCGAGCACGGUCGUCAGCGCCGUAAGUGCAAGGAGUGCGGCGGGUCCUCAAUCUGCGAGCACGGUCGUGAGCGCCACAGGUGCAAGGACUGCGGUGGGUCUGGAAUCUGCGAGCACGGUCGUCGGCGCUCUACGUGCAAGGAAUGCGGCGGGGGCUCAAUCUGCGAGCACGGUCGUGUACGCUCUCAGUGCAAGGAGUGUCGCGCCGUGAAUUAA